GAACGAAUUUUCUGAUAAGUAAAAUGUUAAGGGAUCGUAAGGACGUACGAUCGGUGGGACGUGUUAGAUGUACGAAUGUCAAUCACGAAGUCCCAGCCAUCGUGUUGGUCUUCGUGUGCGACCUACCCUAAUAAGAAGACUGAUACGUGUACUACGCUGUCAAAGCAAACGUGUUGCACGAAGCACCUGGUAUGGAUUAUGCAACGAUUGUUGACGACGCGGUCAGGCAAUUUUACUCAGCGGGCAGCAACGAGGCGCACUCAUGGCUUCUGCAAGUGCAAACCUCGCCCGAGGCCUGGCACUUUGUGUGGCAACUUUUAGAUCCUUGCAAGUCAUACGAAGUGCAAUUUUUUGCGGCAACUACUCUCCAUGCCAAGAUAUCUAAGCAAUGGAAUGAAGUGCCUGAAGCUGAGUAUCCGGUGUUAAGGGAACGUUUGCUUAAUAGUGUGAAAAGACCUAACAUACCCUUAUGUAUCCUUACAAAGCUUUGUCAAGCGUUAGCUGCAUUUGUGGCCAAUGUUUACAGUGCAGAAAACAGGGAACAUGAUAGGAGUAUAGUUGACGAAUUGCUUGACAUUUUACCUUAUGAUUCCCCAUCUGCGUUAGAAUUAUUGCUUCGAGUGCUCUCAACGCUUCCUGUUGAGUAUCAGAAGAGACACGAAGCGAAGAGUGCCAAACUGCGGGAAGCUCUUGUCAACUUGAUCAACAGCUGGUGUCAAACCGCGUGGUUCUUGCAGCAGGUCUUUUCAAUGUGUAACCCGGAUUCUCAAGGCAAUGAUGGUAUAUUAUAUUCCUUGGCACUGGAAUGCGCUCAAUCAUGGCUUAAGAUCGGCCAAUUAUCUUUAGAGACUAGUGGUCAAAUCUAUCCUUAUUUAUUAGUAGCUGCAGGUCACUAUGCACCUAAUAAAGAUGAGAAUCAUGGUGAUGAUGAUAACAUCAAGAGCUGGGAUAUAGUACAAGAUUGUUUAAUUAUGAUCGUAACACACUAUGAGCUUCAUAAACGGCCACAAACUUUCUGGGAAUGGGCCAGAAGUUUAGUAUUGUUGGCGAAGCAGUAUAAUAGAAAAUACUUUUGUGAGAUAUUAACCGCUAUUGGAGAAGCUCACAGUCGGGCCUUUCUGAUUGCUCUGGCUGAGAAUUCCAACGAGGCGCAUACAUGGACAGCUAUGGGAUUGAUCGAGCUAUUAUUGGAGUGCUCGGAACUGGAGGGACGUUAUCCUACCGAUGAAACGCGGAGUUGUAUUCCAUUUGGAUUUUGGUACGCGUUACAAGACGAUCUUGCUACGUUAGAUCAACCGUUAGAGAACCGAGCUUUGGAAGCGUUGAAGCCAAUUUAUUUCCGACUAGCCCAAGCGUUGCUGCGAAAAUCAACGUUACCCACGUCUCCAAGCGAGAGAGGGAACGCGGAUGAGCGUGAGCUCUUCAGAUGUUAUAGGCAGGAUGUGGCGGAUACAUUGGACUAUUGUUACAGUGUUCUUGGUAAUGAUUUGCUGGCACUUCUCGGGCAAAAAUUGAGCCUGGAAGAUUCACCAUGGACUCACAUAGAAUCAACGUUACACGCCUUCAAAGCUCUAUCCGAGAGCGUUGGUACUCAGGAGUACUGUUACAUCCCUGCGCUGAUAAACUUGAUUAUCGUUCACAUACCUUAUCAUCUUUAUCCCGAAGAGGUACUAAUUUGUGCCUGUUCCACACUGGGCGCAUAUGCCGAAUGGAUAGGGGAGCAUCCUGAGCCCUGGCUAGAAAAAGUCUUGCAGCUCGUUACUCAAGGACUGACCAGAGGAUCUAUGACAGCACCGUUUGCGAGUAUGGCACUGAAGGAUUUGACGAGGGAGUGCGGGCCGUUUCUCGCCCCUUAUGCGCCAUCCAUUCUUCACACUAUCAGUCAGACAUUACCAAAUGUCGAGCCUGGUGGUGGAGAAGGUUUGCGACUCAUGUAUGCGGCUGGAAAGUUACUUAAUGUGUUACCUUCUAUGGAGGAGCAACUGUCGCAUCUGGAGGCGACGCUGGGACUGUGCGUGACGAAGAUCAAGGAGCUACUAGGACAACCAUUGUUCACGGCACGGCUUGGUGUGACUAAUUAUCUGAAGAUGGCUACCAUGUUCUUCAGCACGAUCGAGGGUGCGAUCGGCAAAGCUGUGCUGGACGGCGUGUUGCCGGUAUUCAAUCAGAUCAUCACACAUCCUGAGUGGAGUCAGGACAACGCCACACUAGAGGCAAUGCACAUGUGCGCGCAACGAUCCGUGACUGCUUUGCGACAACCGGAGAUUGAGGCACGACCCUUGUUACCAAUCCUAUCAACUUCGUACAAAAUUUGGCCGCAUCCAGCUGCGCUAAAUCUGCUGAAGCAACUCGUGCUGCUGUUCGGCAGAGAUCCAGAUAACGUUGUGAGUCCGGUACUUGCGGAAAUGAGCUUGUUAACGUUGAACGGCGUGAAAGUGUGCAAAUCGGUGCAGGGCGAUCUGUCCGAGUGGUCGGACUUGAUGGAAGCAUACAUGGGCGUGCUCGCGCAGAUUUGUAAGAAAAACGCCCGGUUAUUGCUACAAAUUCCGGAUCAAAUUCCGGAUAUGUUGCAAUGCGGGAUUACUUGUCUAACGCUUCCGGAGACAGCCACAGCCAAAGCAGCCGGAUAUUUUCUUAGUCAUGCGAUUGUGCAGAGCCCGCACCUGCAAACGUUCAUUCAACCAAUUGGACAGGAACUUGUCGCCGCGAUUUUGCAUUGUGUCGGUGGAGCAAUGCCUCACAAUAACUUGGAGCCUCACGCCGAAGUUUUGUUAGCAUUAAAUAAAACAUGUCCGGAAUGGACUGCGCAGUGGUUACGCAUUGGACUGGAGAAUCAAAAGAACCUCGCUGCUGUGUUGCAGAAGGAGGACGUCACGCGCAUUUUGCGCGAGAGAACAAAUAGGGGACGACUUUGCGAUGUACUAAAAGAAUUUAAUAAACAAUGCCGUCAAAAGACAGGUAUAUGACAAUAGAACUUUUGUGAUGUCGAUUGACAAAUUUUACUAUACGAAAUACCGAUUUAAGAUAGAUAUGCAACACACGGACGUUAGUAUAAUUUAUCUUUUCAUGUAAUAAAUGCUGCAUAAUGUAUAUAAUUGUGUUUUAUACAGAUUUAUUUACUUGGAUUGUAAGAUAUUCAUCAAUUGUGUGAU